AUGGUGCCCUUUCACAGAGCUGGCGUGCCUUGUGCAGGGCGCAAGAGAGAACUCAUCAUGCCUCGCCUCAGCCUGCUCUUCUGCACAGUUCUGCUGGGAUACCUCUGGCUCACAGAAGUACAAUGCAGUGAGGAAUCUGGUGUGCGGGAGACCCACAGCAUGCCCAACUGGGCGAUGACGUCGUCGGACUUCUUCGGCUGGAUUGAGGAGCUUCGCUCCCACGCCGGCUAUGACAAGAUCGAGGAGCUGGCCCGCACCUUCUGGGCACACUUCCCCUCGGCCAGCCGCCUGGGCUACGACCCCCCCGCCCCCGAGGAGUAG